GCGUGGGUUCCCUAUGGGGACGAUCUGUCCGCUGGCAAGACCCUUGCUGAUUGCUUUGCAAGUUGAGAGAACAUCGUUUGGAUUUCAUGUAAGAGAAUGUAUGAGAAGUACCACCACCCCCCGCAGGCAAACAUGCAAAAAGAUCACUUCCGGUUGACGUGCGAACGCAGCCGUAUUUCCGGUUGUCUCCCGAAAAGGGAACUAAAAGCCGAAGACGGCGUCGACUGCAAACAUAAGCAAUAGCCCAAGGGUGGAAGGUUUUCCUUUUUCCUGUUUGCGAUUAUGCUUGUGCCCGUAUUAUGAGUGUAACGUACUCGUAGUAUAUAAUGAGUGCUAGGCGAUCUAGCUCCAGUGGAUCAAAGUUCCUGCCAUAUUUUGGAACAAAACAAGAAAUGUCGGCCGCAAAGCUCCUUGUCGUACGCGAGAAAAACCACUGGUACCCAGGGUAAUCUAAAACUACAAGCUGAGAAAUCCGUGUAUUGCAGAACCUCGUGAGCCCGGGGAGGGUGGCCCGUAAAAUGUUAGGGAUGGGAGGGAGGGAGAGAGACAUAAUACAAAACUGGACCAUUAUUUUUGGAAUUCGGCAAUUGAUGAUGUUAUGGUCUCCUGGCGAAUAGUGUGAUAUAGCCCUUCAAGAGCUAAUUUUUGACAAUAAAUCUUUCUGUUAGUUGGUCAUGGUCAGAGUGAAGGAGAAAAAGCCCAAAUAUCAGAUUUUUCCUGUUACGUCAGAGAUGUUUUUAAACACAUUGACCAAGUCACAGCAGACAACACAGGCAUACCAAUAUUUAUGUUUGGCCACUCAAUAGUAUGUACUGUUAUAAAAACUUUAUUGGAACGCUGCCCCCUUGUUUUAAAUUUUGUUUUUGUUUUUGUUGUUGUUUGUUUGUUUGUUUUACAUUUUUUAAAGGUAUAGAUGGUAGGCUCUCGGGUCCACUAACCGCGCUGAUCACUGAAAUACUAAUAUAUGUUAAUAACGAGAAAUACCCCAAGCCCAUCAUGCUUUGCGGU